GGAAGACAGACAGACAUCCGGAGCAACUGUCGAAUACAGCUGUGUGUUCAUUAAGCUUCUAUUUCCAUUCGAGAAAGGGAGACAAAAGUAAUGGCUGCCUGCAACACUCAGAUCUCAGAGCAACUGGAAGAGGAUUUUCUACAAUGUAAGAUCUGUUUUGAGGUAUACCGGACCCCUCGCACCUUGUCCUGCCUUCACUCUUUCUGUGAGCCGUGUCUGGAGCAGCUGCUGGACAAGCAGAAGGGCACAGUAACCUGUCCAGAGUGCCGGACAGUCAUUGACCUGCAGGGCUGUGUCCGCAAUGCCAAAGCCAGCUUCUUCAUCAACAGCCUCUUGGACCUGUUCCGCUCCAAAACCACCAAAGAAACCUUCUGCUCAUUGUGUCCAGCCCUGGGGAAGACCGUUGUGCCGGCCUCCUCUCGCUGUCUGGACUGUGCUGACUUCCUGUGCACAUCCUGUGCCCAGGGCCACUGCCUCUCCAAACUGACUCUGGGGCACCAGGUGGUAAGUCUGCAGGACUACGUCGCUGGACGCUACGAUGAGGAGGCCAGGAGCAAGGAGGAGCGCCGCUGUCAGAGCCACCAGGAGCCACUGAGGUUCUACUGCAGCACCUGCUCCAGCUCCAUCUGCAGGGACUGCCGCAUGCUGGAGCACUUCUCCCACCAGGUGCUGUCCCUGGCACAGGCCACCACGGCCAGGAGGCCCCAGCUGGAAGAGCUGAUAAGCAGCCUGGACGGCAGCAUGAGGAGUCUCUCCCAGCAAGAGCAGGAGGUGGACUCCGCCGUACAGCAGCUGAAAGAGGCAGAAAAUGUCAUUAAAGAUCAACUCUCAGGACACAUAUCUGCAGUGCUGGAGCAGCUUUUCUCUCAGCAGGAUGCCGUUUGUAAAGAACUGGCCAUCUUUGUUGAACAGAAGGAGAAGGAGUACUUAUCACUUAAAAAGGAACUCCAUGGUCACAUCAACACAGCAGAGAAUACAAAAGACUUCUCCACUCAAGUCAUGCAGAAGGGAAAAGACUAUGAAAUUCUGGAUCUGGAGGGGACCAUUCAGAGCCAAAUUGAGAGACUCCAGAAGCUCAGAUUUGCAGAAGAUCUAGGCUGUACAGAGUCCCCGAUGAUGAAGACGAUGACAUAG